AUGGACUGGGCGAAGUUUAUUCUGAUUGGCAAGGAGCUUGACCUGCCAGGCCCGAGCGUCGCCGUCGACACGGCCUGUUCAUCCACGAUGAUGGCGCUGCAUGAGGCUCUGCUGGCGCUCAGGUCGGGGCGCUGCGAAGCGGCCUUGGUGGGAGGAAGCAAUGUCACGCUGAGACCCUUAGCGACUCGAAGCUACCAGCGGCUCGGUUUGCUCUCGCUAGACGGAAAGUGCAAGGUCUUCGACUCCGACGGCGAUGGCUUCGCCCGCAGCGAAACUGUGGGCGCUUUCUUCCUCCAGCGGGCGUCCGAUGCCCGCCGGGUCUACGCCAAGGUCGUCAAUGUCCAAAGCAACGCGGACGGAUACAAAGCUGAAGGAGUCACUUUUCCCUCGAGAAAGGUGCAAGAAGACCUACUGCUUGACUGUUACGACGAGAGCAAUGUCGAUCCACUCGACGUGGCGUACGUAGAGGCCCAUGGCACCGGAACCAAGGCGGGAGAUGUUGAGGAGUUGGCUGCCAUCAGCGCAGUGUUCUGCAGGCCGGGACGCCAGAUGCCGUUGAUGGUUGGCUCCGUCAAGAGCAACAUGGGACACGCCGAAGGCGCCUCUGUUCAGCUGAGUUCGGUCAUUGUCCCGUACCAGUCUACGAACAGUGGCAGUGCUGCAAGCUUAUCACCGAGCUACAUAAGGGAGGCGUCUGCAGUGCGUCGUUGGGGCGUGGAACCGCCACGGGAACGAUGA